GAUCAAGUCAGCCGGGAAGAUGAAGUUUCUCUCCGCCGUUGCGUUCAUCGCGCCUGUUCAGGCUGGCCUACGGUUUCCAUGCUCGACCUUGACCUUCCAACGCCUUGACCCCGUCGUCGAGCCGGGCUCAAACCCGUCCGCCCAUGUUCACCAUAUCGUCGGUGGAAACGCCUUCAACUCGUCCAUGACGGGAGAUGUUUCCACGAGAGCUACCUGCACUACUUGCCAAAUGUCGGAGGACUUUUCCAACUACUGGACUGCUGUCUUGUACUUCAAGCAUCCUACCAACGGCUCCUACCACCGUGUGCCGGUUCUUCCUGUCCAGCCCCUGUUGGGAGGAUCAAACGGCGCAGAAGGUGGACUUACAGUCUACUAUACCCAGUUCGACUUGAUUAAGGACAACCUGAAGCAAAAUGCGCCAAUUAAAACCUUCCAACCAGGUUUCCGCAUGACGGUGGGCAGCCCAACUGCAAGCUCCCGUCCGCAUACCGGCCUACGCUACCAGUGCCUGACAGGCAAUAACAGAGGCCCCGAGACGCCCGACUUCCCCACCAAGCCAUGCUCAGGCGGUAUCUUCGCUACUCAACACUUCCCCGCAUGCUGGGAUGGCAAAAAUCUUGAUAGCCCCGACCACCAAUCUCACAUGUACAAUACUAUCCAGUCAGACGGAUUCACGAACGCCCCUGCAUGCCCGUCAUCUCACCCGGUCCGCACCCCACAAGUAACCUAUGAGACUACUUGGGAUACGAGCAAGUUCAAUAGCAUGUGGCCUUCUGGUGCCCCCAAUCCUUUUGUGUGGAGCUUCGAGGGCACUAGCGGGUUCGGUACCCACGCUGAUUACAUGUUUGGCUGGAAGGGCGAUGCACUCCAGCGCGCUAUGGAUAAGUCCGAGUGCCGCUACGAUGGCUGCGGUUCUAUUACAAAGCAGGCUAUGGCCACUGCCAACAAGUGCACCGUCAAGGACAUGGUUGGCGAGGAGACUGUAGGAUGGCUCUCAAAGCUUCCGGGUAGCGAGGGUAACGUAGCGUGGUACUAUCCAUAUUGGAAGCUAGCACCUCCCCUAUACAAGCUUAAUUAG